AUGGAUGGAAUCAGGUAUGCAGUAUUUACAGACAAAAGUAUUCAGUUAUUGGGGAAAAAUCAAUAUACUUCUAAUGUCGAAUCAGGAUCAACUAGGACAGAAAUAAAGCAUUGGGUCGAACUCUUCUUUGGUGUCAAGAUAUCACCAUCUACAUCCAGAAAGCCGUAUGCUUUGGAAGAAGCUUGUACAGUUUGGGAAGGGGUUUUGAUUGAUAAAAAAGAAGAAUCUACUUCAACCGAUAUGCCCUUAGGCACGGCCAUACAUAACAUAGAAAUCACACUUGGAAAGGGUGGACAAUUAGUUAGAGCAGCAGGUGCUGUAGCGAAACUGAUUGCAAAAGAAGGGAAAUCGGCCACAUUAAAAUUACCUUCUGGGGAGGUCCGUUUGAUAUCCAAAAAAUGCUCAACAACAGUCGGACAAGUGGGGAAUGUUGGGGUGAACCAGAAAAGUUUGGGUAGAGCCGGAUCUAAGCGUUGGCUAGGUAAGCGCCCUGUAGUAAGAGGAGUAGUUAUGAACCCUGUAGACCAUCCACAUGGGGGUGGUGAAGGGAGGGCCCCAAUUGGUAGAAAACAACCCACAACCCCUUGGGGUUAUCCUGCACUUGGAAAAAGAAGUAGAAAAAGGAAUAAAUAUAGUGAUAAUUUGAUUCUUCGUCGCCGUAAUAAAUAGGAGAGAAAAUAGAAUCUCUUUCUUCGUCUUUACAAAACAAAAAAAUAGGAGGAAGCUGUGACACGUUCACUAAAAAAAAUCUGUUUGUAGCGAAUAAUUUAUUAAAAAAAAUAAAUAAGCUUAACACAAAAGCAGAAAAAGAAAUAAUAAUAACCUGGUCCCGGGCAUCUACCAUUAUACCCAUAAUGGUCGGCCAUACUAUUGCUAUCCAUAAUGGAAAUGAACAUUUACCUAUUUAUAUAACAGAUCGUAUGGUAGGACACAAAUUGGGAGAAUUUGCACCUACUUUAAAUUUCCAAGGCCAUGCAAAAAGCGAUAAUAGAUCGCGUCGUUAAAAAACGUUUGUUUAUGUAUAAUAAUAUAUAUAGAUAUUUAUCAUUGAUUAGUAGGAGGCGAACUUUAUGUUAAAUAAGAGAACAAUAGAAGUAUACGCUUUAGGUCAACAUAUAUCUAUGUCUGCUCACAAAGCGCGAAGGGUAAUUGAUCAAAUUCGUGGGCGUUCCUACGAAGAAACACUUAUGAUAUUAGAACUCAUGCCUUAUCGAGCAUGUUAUCCAAUUUUUAAAUUAGUUUAUUCUGCAGCAGCAAAUGCUAGUUUCAAUAUGGGUUCGAAUGAAGUAAAUUUAGUCAUUAGUAAAGCUGAAGUCAAUGAAGGUACUAUUGUGAAGAGAUUAAAACCUCGCGCUCGAGGGCGUAGUUUUGCGAUACAAAAACCUACCUGCCAUAUAACUAUUGUAAUGAAAGAUAUAUCCUUAGAUGAAUAUAUAGAUACCGACUCUAUUACAUGGUCACAAAAACCUAAAUCGAAAAAAAAGCAUACAACUAUGUCGUAUUAUGAUAUGUAUAGUAAUGGGGGAACAUGGGACAAAAAAUAAAUCCAAUUGGUUUCAGACUUGGUACAACCCAAGGUCAUCAUUCCCUUUGGUUCGCACAACCAAAAAAUUAUUCUGAGGGUCUGCAAGAAGAUAAAAAAAAUAAGAACUUAUAUCCAGAAUUAUGUAUAAAAAAAUAUGAAAACAUCUUCUGGCGUCGAGGGAAUUGCACGUAUAGAGAUUCAAAAAAGAAUCGACCUGAUCCAAAUCAUAAUCUAUAUGGGAUUUCCAAAAAUCUUAAUUGAAAGUCGACCCCGAGGAAUCGAAGAAUUACAGAUGAAUUUACAAAAAGAAUUUCAUUCUGUAAAUAGAAAACUUAACAUUGCUAUCACACGAAUUGAAAAGCCUUACGGAAACCCUAAUAUUCUUGCAGAAUUUAUAGCGGGCCAAUUAAAAAAUAGAGUUUCUUUUCGCAAAGCAAUGAAAAAGGCUAUAGAAUUAACUGAACAAGCAAAUACAAAAGGAAUUCAAGUGCAAAUUGCAGGACGUAUCGACGGAAAAGAAAUUGUGCGUGUUGAAUGGAUCAGAGAGGGGAGGGUUCCACUACAAACCAUUCGAGCUAAAAUUGAUUAUUGUUGCUAUACAGUUCGAACGAUCUAUGGGGUAUUAGGCAUCAAAAUUUGGAUAUUUAUAGACGGGGAAUAAUAAACCUUUAUUCCUUUUGCAUUCUAUCCAGCGAUGGAACAAAAAAUGAGAAA